UGCGCGUCCACACAUCGCGGCGUGCAGUUCGCCUUUUCGCGCUUCAACUGUCUUUCUUCCGUACUUCUUUACUGGUAUUCCACUUCACUCCAGUUCGUUUAAGUUGCGUUCGCAAUUCAGUUCAGCUUUUUUGUUUGCCAGCUGUUGAUGUUUGUCGUCGCAGCGCGUAAGUCCGCGUAAUUCAAGUGUCAACAUCAUUUAAAAAUUUACCACGAUUCUUCGUCGGGCGAUUUUUGCAACCAAAAAAAAGACGCUUUAAUGCGCGAAAUUGUUUAAAUUUGGUUUAUUUAAUGCUGUGCGUUUUUUGAGAUUGUGAAAAAAUUGCAAAUUACCGUUUUGCGAGUUGUGCAUUACCAAUAAAGGCAGUGAUGAGUGGCGGCACAAUUAGGAGGUGAUUAUAAAGUAAUAAAAUCAAUUGAACCGGAAUACAAAGAAAAUCAUAAAAUACUAAUUUAAAUACGUGAUUAAGUCAGCAACGUGUGAAUACGCUGGCAAAUAAUAACAACAACAACAAGAAAUAAUAAUCAUAAUCAAAAUAAGUGAUCUACAGUGAACUUUGAAGCACGCACUGCACACGCAAAAUCAACAACAAAAACAAUUCAUUGUGAUUUUCCGAACGCAAGAGAAAUUGCGCACAACAACAAGUGCUAAAAACAAUAACAACUACGCUUAAGUCUAGUGAAUUUUAAUUGCAAGAAAACUCAGCACACCCGACGCCCACAAGUGUGAAAAUGGCCACGACAAUGCAACAGAGUGCCGCGCCGGCGAAUGCAGCCACAAAUCCGCAACUGAAGCGCAUUGUCUACUCGAAAUAUCGCGAACUUUUGGGCUCCUACAACGACAAGGCGAAUGCAAUUAUCGAAACGCUGCCCGCUUAUAUGGUGCGCGAGGAUCGCGGCUUCCAUUGUGAACCCAACAGCGCGGUGACUGCGGCAGUAACCGCGGCAGCGCCAGCAACAGUGGCGUCGAAAACCAUUAUAAGCAUACCAGCGAGAUCAACAACAACAACAAUUACACCGCCAAGUCAGCACAUAACAGCAACAAUUGCUGGCACAGCAGCGCCAGCCGCACACACGAAUGGCACGGCGCCACCGAAUUGCGCAGCGGCAGCGCUGCUACGACAAGUGGCCGCGGCGGCGGCCGCAGCAGCAGCGGCACAGGGUGAACGUGUGAGCGAAUUGUAUGGCGGCUCCGCUCAACGGGGCUACGAAGCGCCCGCCUGCGUACAGAAUGCAAUGGUGACCAAAGACAAGAAGCCAUUCACCUACACACCGGGCGGCAUUGAUCUCUCACAAAUCAAAUCGGAGCGCAUGGCGAAGCGUUUGGCGCGCAACGCACAAGCCGAAGGCGCCACGGGCGCCUCACAACAAAACAGACCGACACAGCCGCAAUCGCCAGGCAGUGGCGGCAAUGCUGCUUCGCAAAUCGGCGCCGCCGGCAUGGGUAUGCCGUUCCAGGUGCUGCCACCGCCGCCACCACCAGCGCCAAUCGGAGUAGCGGGUAAGAAAUUGAAUGGCACAUCGGCACCGCCACCACCACCACCACCUAGCUCCUCCAAUACAUUAGCACCACCACAGAAUGGCGGUGGACCGGGUAGUGCGCCCGGUUCGCCCAACGCGCAACGCAAGUCGCCCACACCGCAACGUUUCGAACCGCCACCAUUGGGUUUCCGACCGGAAAUCAAAAUACCGCCAAAUCCAAUGGCGGCAUUGCGCAAAGUACCACCGCCGGUGGAGAAGAAUACCUUCUGGAAGGAUGAGUAUGUGCGCGAUCGCUCCAAGAGUCCCAUGGUGGGUGAAAAUGAUCGUGCUAGUUCACCGAAUACCGCCGCUAAUGGUCAUGCCGUUAGCGCCGGUUGCGGUGAGCCAGCUACGGUCAGUCUUAACAACAAUGUGAAAAACAAUAACAACAACGAUGUCAACGAACAUGUCGAUGGUUAUAAGAAACCAACAACGACUACCCAGCAACCUGAACUUAACUACAACAGCAAUAACUCCACUCAGCAGCAACAGCAACAAUACACACCGCCUCAACCCACGUACUCACCAUCCUAUCAGCCAUUGCAGCAGCAACAGCAACAACAGCCUCAAUAUAACAACAUCACACCACCCUUGUCGGUUGCAACGCCUUCACAACCGCAACCACAGCAGCAACAACAAUCGCCACGCCCUGAGUUCCGUAGCGUUGCACCGCCACAAUCGCUAAGUGUCCAUGUCUACACGCGUCAAACGGACAGUCCACGUGCUGAAAGUGGCACACCGCCACAACGCGCCACCGAUAGUCCCUUCCGAUAUGGCGGUCCACAACCACAGCAGCAGCAGCAGCCACCGCAACAACAACGAGCGCCACCAGCUAUUUCACCGCUAGCACAGCAGCAACCAUCAAAGCUGUAUACUUCAUCACCGACCGGCGCUGGAGCCCCAGCACAGCCAACAACAGCCAACACUUCUCCCAACUCACAGCCAGCGGCACAAACUGUGCCCUGGCGCACUCAACGUACUCCGACGCAACAACAACAACCACAGUCGCAGCCACAAACGACUGCGAUAUAUAACAAUGUCUCGCCACAACAACAGCAGCAAACUCAGCCAGCUUCGGCCUAUCAGGGUCCCAAGCCGUCCAAUGUCGGCUCGCUCUAUAUUGCGCCCCUGGCAGCACCUACUGAGCCGCAGGCACCCAAUGUUGUGCGUCAAUUUCAGCAACAACAACAGCAAGCACGCGAAUCACCAAUUCGUCAAAUACCCCAACAACAACAAACAUCACAGCAACAACAAGCACAGCCUUUACGCUCCACGGUGCCUUGGCUGAGCACAAAGCCGAAGGCAAACGAUCAGCCAGAAUGGGCGCGUCCCGAGGAAAAUGGCAAUGUGGUGCCUUCGUCGCUGAAUCGCAUUAAGUCGCCGCCGCCACCACAGUCACAACAACAACAGCAGCAGCAAGUAUACUAUCAACAACCACAGCAACAACAACCGCAACCUCAGCUCUACGGCUAUCAGCCUGAGCAGGGUAACGGUUUUGCUGUAGCAGCACCCACGAAUUUCGGUAGCCAUGGCAUUGGCAGCACUGGCUUACGUCUGCAAAUCAAUGCCAACCCUAUUGUCAAUAAUGCGGCAACUCAACAAACUGGUCCAAGGGAACGCAUCAUACCCAUCCAGUUGGAGCAGACACCGACGAAUACUACAUCACAGCAACCGAACUUCAAUGUCAGCUAUGGUGGCAUCACUACUGCACCGAGCAGCUAUGUGGUGCGUUCGCCCAAUCAAUUCGUUGAUCAAGGUUACAACAAUUUCCCAUCCUCAGCUGGCGCCAAUCAACAGCCAUCAGCUCAGCGUGUGAUGUCGCCAACACAGCAACUGAAUGCUCCACGCAUUGUACAACAACAACAGCAAUAUACGAAUAACAAUAACGGCGCUGGUGGUGGCGCUAAUCGCUCGCGCGUCAUACCCAUCGCUAUGGAGGGUGAGGGCACACGUGGCCCCAUUUCACCAUCACCAAUCGUUUUGCAAAAUGAAAACUACAAUCUGGUAGUUUACGAUUGUCCACUUGAGGCGGAAAUACGGUACAGAAUGAAUCGUCUCAGCGAUCCACGCUCGUCACCCAUACAAUCGAAAUCCUUUAGAAUUUUGCAAAAAAUCACUGACACUAUUGACGACGGUAGCGGCGAUGAUAGGAAAGCAGAAAGCCAUGUCGACGUAGAGCCACAAUUACAACGACCACAAUACGCGAGACAAAUGAGCGCCCAACAGGCGCGUCAACAACCGAAUGUAGAUCAAAUGAGACGCAUGCAAAUCGCCGCCGAACCACAGCAGCAGCAGCAACAGCAACAGUCACAAGCGCCACAGGCAUGGAAUCAAGGUAAUGCUUUUAAAAGCUCACAGCAGCACACCAUUUACAACAAUAACAAUGACAUGCCACAACCAUAUAUCCACCCUAGUGAACAGCAAGUACCCGAACCGAAAAAAUACACCGGUAGCGCAAUACCAAGUCGAUCGUUUAAAAUUUUGCAAGCGAUGACAACACCAGAAAAUGCUGCCGAGUUGGCAGCUACAGAUCGUGUUGAAUUGAACGAAACCCCUUUGAAAGCCAAAGAAAAUGAAAGCAAAAAUAUUUCAAAUAAAAAUUGUACUGAAUAUGUGAAUGAAUAUAAUGAAGGCACAUCCGAAACCACAAAUACCCAUAGCACAACACAUGCACCAUCCACCACAUCAUCCUCAUCCUCUAUAUCAUCGCUCAGCUCCGAUUCUUGCAACUAUCCCAUAUCCAAACAUCCUUACCCCGCCUAUGGCUAUGCAUAUCCAUAUCCCUGGUAUCCGCCGCCAAUGCCACCGACUAACGGUGAGGCAUAUCCGGCAUGGCCGUACCCAUAUAGCAUGCCUCCACCACCACCACCACCCUCAACACAGGUACAGACUAAUGAACAAAGCGGCGAUGCCGCGUCGCAUACUCCAUAUGCCACACACUAUCCUUACUAUUAUCCUUACUAUCCCCCACCGCCGCCACCAGCACACAACCCUUAUGCUUAUAUGCAAACGCCCCGUGCUCAAACCCCAAAUGAAUUUGAUUCGCAAAAUGCUUAUCACGAAGUCAAUGCAAGCGCCGCAUAUCCCGCUUAUGUGCCGCCAUACCCAUACCCUUACCCGGUAGCGCCUAGCUACAGUCAGAGCACGACGUCGAGUCGCGCUAGCAGUGUAUUGCCCGACAUCAUUGUUACGCCCAGCACGGAUGAUAUGCCCUCACAGGUUAUAUUGCAACAUCACAUAAAAAUCGAAAAAAGUGAACCGCCAAAGCGCAAUGAUGCUGUCGUGAUCGAAGAGGUCGCUACGAGUGACAAUGAGAUGAGGCCGCCAGAGUUGAGGCGCGAACAACGUGAGGGUUCCGUUAUUGAUAUGUUGUCACAACGUUUGGCGAAUAUGUCCAAAGUUGUCGAACAUAAUCUAAAUAUGAGCAAAGAUGUCGAGAAGAACUAUGCCGGCGAGCGUGAUAAGGAUUUCGGCGAAAAAUCACCGACGGAUAACGCAUCGCCAGUACCGGUAGGUAUUGUAACUUUAGCUUCGGAGACCGAAGUGAGUUCGGACUCCGAAAGCAGCAGUGAUGAGGAUUCGGAUGUGACGCCCAAAUGUGUCGAAACGAAUGGCUUGCAGGCAAUAAAAUCUGUCACAAAUAUACACAUCUACAAAAAUGGUAAUAUAAACAUAAACGAAGUCGAUGAUGAAGACGAUGUGACAACGGCUGACGGCGAGAGCGAUAUCUUCGAUGAGGAAGACAAUGAAGAAGAUGUCGCUGAGGAGCUUGAGUUGGAUGAAUAUAUUGAGGAAAACGAUGAUAUGGACUAUGAUAACCUGAGUGUCAUCUACGAAGAGGAGAGUGAAAUUGAACAUAGCAGCGAUAAGCCGAAUACAAUCAUACAACGUGAUGGUUCUAAUGCCAGUGAUGCUACAACAGUUGAGCGUGACGACGCUGUCGAGCAGCAAAUUGAGGAGAAUGACAACAAUGACGACGCAGAGGAGGACUCCACCUCGGUUACCGUACGUCUACCAUUAAAGUUCUCAUUCAACGAUGAGAAUGUAGCCACUGUGGAGGUCGGCAAAUCACAAAUUGAAGAAAGACGCCAUAGCACGUCUUCGGAAGGUAAACGCAGCACUGCAUUUGUCAUUGCGGAACCUCAAAAUGACUCCGACAAUGAAGCAGGAGGAGCUUAUGAGUACGAUGAUGAUUGUGAAGUAAGUGUAACGAUAAGCUUGAGUGGGUCUUCACGUUCGAGUUCAAUGGAACGCAAGCCCGACGGACGACGCGUCUCAGCAGCAUAUCCAAUUGAAGAGCUACCAACACCAGAGCCGCCAAGCGCAGCAUCGAGUAACGAAAACGUUUCGGUGUCAUUCUCAAUAAAUGCGCGCAACAAAUUUAUGGGUCAAACUAUCAGGGAUGAUGUGACCAAUAAUAUAGCGAUGUUGAAAAGUGUGACGCACAAAGAGACCAUACAGGAAAAAGUAAAACAAGAAAUAAAGGAACCAGAUAUAAGUACGAAACAAAUAAAACAAGGGCCAGUGAUGAAAGAAGAGCCUGUGGCGAAAGAAUCAGUUACGCCAGUAAUUCCGUCCGACGAUUUGGACUUCUUUGCUACACUACGUGCAACUAAGCUGCAAGCGCAGAAAAUGAUGGAGACAUCAGCGAACUAUUGGGGCAAGUUAAAGGAAAAGGAGGAACCCAAAAAGGAAGAAGUAAAGGAGGAAGUUGUCGUCUCAACUACAACAGAGCCCGACCCAGAGGUGGAUGAUAUUUGGGCUGAUAGAAACGAGGAUUUACCGAAGCCGGUGCCGAAAUUAAAAUUAGCCGAUGCUAAAGACGAUUUCUGGUCCACAUUUGCGGCGGCAACGCGAAAAACACAUGAGGAAAUGCAAGCAGAAGAUGUUGUUGUAGAAAAAAAGUCGGUAAACACAGAUAUCAAGAAGGAUGAAGCCCCUGCUCAGGUCCAUGCUGGCCGUAUGGUCACAUUUGGAGACACGGUAGAUAUUAAAGACAAGGUAGAAACUGUAGUCGAGUCGGAAGAAGUUGACUUUUGGGCAGAGAUCGAAAAAUCCAAGGAAACUAAGACAACUGAAAAGAAAACCAAACUCAAGACAGAAAAUGCAUACGAACGUAAAGAAAUAAGUGAAGUUAUGCAUAGAUCAAACACUAUGAAGUCAUCCACUAAGGUUCUACCAACAGCGCUACAAGCAGAUUUGUAUACACCGCCUCCAUCACCACAGGUAGAAGAAGAGUCAAUCGAGAGUGAGGACGAUGAUUCAGAAGCAGAUGAAGAAGAGGUUCAGUAUGAAAAAGCGAAUGUUAGCAGAAAACUGUCUCAACCAAAAGCACCAGUGGAGGAGAAAGAAGAUGAGGAAGACUUCUGGGCUUCUGUGGAAAAAGCUAAAGCCGCAAUUGGCACAACAAAACAAUACUCAACUUACGACAAAGUAGAAGUUCCAUCAGCACAAACGGUUGUUGAAGAGAUCGACUUUUGGGCUGACAUUGAAAAGACCAAGAAUAUUACGGCUACAACGAAUGAGUUAUCAACAUUCAACAAUGUAGAGGCCCCUUCAGUCCAAGCCGUUGUUGAGGAAGUCGACUUCUGGGCCGAUAUUGAAAAAAAUAAGAAUAUUACAACUACAACGAAUGAGUUAUCAACCCAUAAUAAUGUGAAGUCUUCCCCAGUUCAAGAGAUUGUUGAGGAAGUAGACUUUUGGGCUGAAAUUGAAAAUAAUAAGAAUGACAGAACUACAACAAAAAAAGUAUCAGCAAUCAACAACGUAGAAACUCCUUCAGCCCAAACGGUUGCUGAGGAAGUCGACUUCUGGGCCAACAUAAAAAAUAACAAAGAACAAAUUGCCACAACUGAACCAUAUUCAAUAACCAACAAUGCAGUGGCUCCUUCAACACAAGCCGUUGUAGAAGAAAGCAAUUACUGGGCAAACAUUGAAAACAAUACCGAAACAACGCAGACCCCUCAACAUAUCUAUGAUCCCACACUUUACCCCGAAGAACCACGUGAAGUUGAUACCGAUGAAGAGAUCGAUUUCUGGGCUGAAAUCGAAGCUAAAGAUCAAGACACGGACGAUGUUAAUUUCUAUAAAUCUGCAUCUUUCUGGGCCAACCGUGAGCGCCAUAAUUCUGUCGAUGAAACACCUUAUUCUAAAGUACUGCCUAAACCAUUCCACGCUAACUUGCCCGACGAGCCAACUGUAAACGUGGGUCUAUGGGCAGCAUUAGAAGCCGCGAAAGGUGAAGAACCCGAAUACAUUGACCCAGCUGUGGAGGAAGAGAAGGCUCUAGCAGCACAAUUUAAUGAGAUCCCAGUGGAAGAAGGCGCAGUAGAUAAAGCAGAAAACUUUGAAGAUAUUAAUAAAAGCUCAAGUGACAUUUGGGAUGUAGCAUCUCUACACGAACCUGUUGUGGCAAAUGUUUGGGCGCCACCGGUAGACACCAAUGAGCUUAGCAAGCCAUACCAAGAUCUCGAACAAUGGAUACAUAAUAAUGAAAAUACCGAACCGGUGGCGGAGGAGCGCACUAAAACUGAACGCGUUGAAGAGACAGAUGAGGCAAAUGUCAAACGCAAUAAUUACCGUAAAGCUAUGGCCUUCUUCACUACGUCUAUUGAUGAGCAGAAGGAAGUGAACGCCGAAAAAAAACCAAGAAAAGGCCGAUCUUCAAAUAGAAACUCGCUAGUCGGGACAGAAAACGCGAAUGUAAAUGAAAAAGAAAGCAUCGAAAAUGCAGUAAACAACUAUUACAAAGAAACCCUUGAACAAGCCACAGCAAGAGGCAAGAGUGUCGGGCUCGACAGCUUCUGUACUGAAAAUAGCCUACAACAAACCAUAAAUCAGACUAGAUGUAAAAGUGUAGGUGUGGAAAUAACAAGUAAUACACUGAACACAGAUGUUGAUACUGAACCGUACACCACGGAAGUGUAUACGGAACGCAAUAAAACACCAACAAACUUCGAGCAGACCUUACCCGAGGUUUAUGUGGAGCCCAUUGUAGAGAGAAAGCUUUUACCUAACGGUUUACCUGAUUUGGGUCUUAAGAAGGAAGAGGUUAAGAUUUCCGUACGCGAUAGAAUCUCUGCUUUCGAAACUGGUGCAGUGGAAACGCCAACCACAGUGAAGAAAACUGACGAUAGCAAAACACACUCACUCUCGGUAGAGAGCUGCACACCCAGAGGAACGCUGUCACGUAACAGUUCACAACGUUCCGAGUCAGAAAUUGAAGAGGAUGACUCGGGUGUUACGGAUAUGAAUAAACCACUUUCCGAAACUGACACCGAAUCCGAAAGCUUCCCCGAACUGCGUAAAAUGAGCAGCUAUCAACGCGCCGCCACACAUUCCAGACUCUUUAAGCUGCUGCAAGAUGACAACGAUCCGCUCGAAGACGAAAAACUAAGCAAAGAGCUCGCCGACGAAUAUCACUUCAAACCAAGCCGCCGCAAGAUCGUACACAAUGUAUCCAUCACACGUCGGCAGAAUCCGAAAGCGCUUGCCGAUGCCGAAACUAUGACACAACGACGCGAACGUCUCUCACUGCCACUACGUAAAAACACCAGCAUCGAUGCGGAUAAUCCCUCGACACCCAACAGUCCAGCCUCACCGAUUAUGGGACAACCGUCCAGUAACACUAGCGUCAGCGAUAAACUAGUCAAUGAAUUGGUACAGAGUCUGCUAUUGAAACGCGAUAGCAGCCAUUUGCGUCAAAUGCCCAUGGAAAAGCUGCAGGCAGCUGCCAAACGUGUGCUUGAAGAGGAGCUGGACUCAUUGGAAAAUACAUCGGUCGAGACGACACCGGCGCUCACACCAAACGACAUCAAAAACGACAAAAGCUAUGCCGACUACUAUGAUACAUGGACGCACGCGAACGGCAGCGUCGUGGACGGCAUGCCCCCAAAAGCGUAUCGCGCUAUGCAAGAUGCGCAGCGGCGUAGUCCUUGGUCCGUGCGUUGUCCACGUGUGCUCAGCUCGAAAACGAUAAAUCGCGAUUUGGCGCGUGUAACCGAGUCGCCGGAGAUUUUCGCACGAAAUAGCAAAAGUCCCGACUGUCUCUCGCAAUCGCGCGAGGGCUCGGUGAGUCGUUGGCGCAAAGUUUAGCGAGCUCAUUAGGGUGGCGGCACAUACACAACGGGCGAGCGUCGUCAAAACUGGGGGAAAUCGUAAAUGCUUAAGUAAAAUAGCUGUUUAAAGUAUAGUUGUAGGAAAAUACAAAUAACGGUGAUGCAAAUUAAAAAUUUGAAAUGAAAUCUGUUGUGAAAGGCGGAAUGCGCUUCUGGUGCAUGGCACCAAAGUAAUCUAAAAAAUCAAAAAUUAAAAAAAAAAAAUGUCUCAUUGCGACAGCUGCGCUGUAGGCAAGAGACACACAUAUGCAAGCCAACAAUUUAAUAAAUUUACUAGUUUUUUUAUUAGCUGGGUGGUAGCACCAACUCGCACAGUUCAAGCAACCCAAACACUGCCUUUUUGUACUCAGUUAAUGGAAAAAGUUUAAACAUAGCAAAGUUGGCGCAUAGAGUGUGCUCAACUUUGAAUUUAUUGUAAAUAAAAGUAAUUUUAAAUAUUUCAUAAAAACAUAAAGUGAUAGCCGCGUUAAUCUUUUUUUUUAAUGCAAAACACUUUUGUAAGCAGAAUUUUACAUUUAGCCAGCCAGAUUUUGCAUUUUGCCGAAUCAUUCAUGCUCUCAAAAUAACCCAACCAGCCGCACAGUCACACAAAUCAUACAAACAUAAAAAGUAUACAUUUCUGCCAAAAACAAACGA